UCCAGACAUGAGCUUCCAGCUUAAAACCAGCGCUCAGCUCUUCGACCUGCACUGCUCUGUAGGCCUGACAGACUGGGACAUGGACAAGGAGCUGAAACUGGCAACAACCACCGACCAGUUUUACCACGAUGACAAAUUGAAUGAUCAGUAUGUGGUCCAGAGGCCUUCUGCAAGAGCCUCGAGAAGAAAGGAUGAAUUCAUCUGGUACGACAAAACCUCAGACACCUUCGUGAAACCAAACCUGUGGCUGUUAGUGAAUCCUGGCAUCGCCUGCCCAAUCCAGUACGGAGGAGAUGCAGCAGAUCUGCGGACUCUCUGUGAACCUGCAGAGGAAAUCCAAACACCUCUGCUGAGGCCUGCAGAGACCCAACAUCCACCUGCAACAGAGCUCCACAUGUUUCCCACCCAUGGUGCUCCACUCCAGGAGGAACUGCUGCACCCUGAGUACAUGAACGAAGACGUCUCCUGUCCGCCGGCUAAGAACAGACGCAAGGGGAGGACCACCAAAGCCAGGGACAGUAAGACCCUGAAGCCAGGAAGCUGGCCUCGUCCACCAGUGAAUUACUGCAUCCUCAUCGCCCUGGCACUCAAGAGCAGCCACACUGGGAGCCUCAAAGUCCAGCAGAUUUAUAACUUCACCAGAGAGCACUUCCCCUUCUUUCAGACAGCUCCAGACGGCUGGAAGAACACCAUCCGACACAACCUGUGCUUCAACACCAGCUUCCGCAAAACCUGCAACCAGCUGUGCAGAGACGGAAAGAGGAAGUCGUGUUUUUGGCACUUGACUCUUGACGGCCAGCGCCGGCUAAGGGACGAGAUCCGCACGCUGACAGGAGAAUCCUUCAAGCAGCUGGAGAGGAGCAUGUCCCACCCAGAUAUAAUUCGGAGUUUACUUGCACUGUGACAGGAGUUGGAAAAGUGUCAGAGUUGAAAUCAAUGCAUAAUAAAACUUAAUAUACAG